UCUUGUGCUUGGAUUUAAGACCGUCAACUGCACUGAUCGCAAGCACUGGACAUCAAUAUGUGUCAUGUCAUUGUAACGUGUCGGUCGAUGCUGUGGACGCUCCUGAGCAUCGUGGUGGCUUUUGCAGAGCUCAUCGCUUUCAUGAGCGCAGACUGGCUCAUUGGCAAAGCCAAACCUUUAAGCUCUGAGGAUGUGGACAGCGGGACAGGAGGGUCGCAGGAGCCCUACCGCCCGACACUGGGCAUCUAUGGGCGCUGCACCAGGAUCUCCCACAUGCAGAUAUCCAGACGAGACACACUCUGCGGCCCUUAUGCUGAAAAUUUCAAUGAGAUUGCCAGUGGGUUCUGGCAGGCCACUGCUAUUUUCCUAGCUGUGGGCAUCAUGAUUCUCUGCGCUGUGGCAUUUGUGUCCGUCUUCACCAUGUGUGUGCAGAGUAUUAUGAAGAAAAGUAUUUUUAACGUCUGUGGGCUGCUACAAGGGAUUGCAGGCCUCUUCCUUAUCUUAGGCUUGAUACUUUACCCUGCAGGUUGGGGAUGCCAGAAGGCCAUCAGCUAUUGCGGACACUAUGCUUCUGCUUACAAACUGGGAGACUGCUCGCUGGGCUGGGCCUUCUACACAGCCAUCGGGGGCACCGUGCUCACCUUCAUCUGUGCUGUCUUCUCUGCACAAGCAGAAAUCGCCACAUCCAGCGACAAAGUGCAAGAAGAAAUAGAAGAAGGGAAAAACCUUAUCUGCCUCCUCUAAAUGCAGGGGGGAAAACACCAGUGCCUGGAUCUUCAUCUGCUGGCCAGGGACUCAAGGAGCAGAUUCACU